AUGAUGGAGCCGGGGCCCCCACAGUCGGCGGCCCCAGCACUGAGGCGAGCCCGGGCCGGCGGGGGCGCCUCCUCCUGGCUGCUGGAUGUCCCCAGCUGGUUGCUCGGCUACGGAUUCCUCUACCUGGUGCUCUACGCCCAGGUAUCCCAAUCCAAGCCGUGCGACAGGAGCUCCUCCUGCUUCUCAGGUCGCUGUGUCAACGCCACCUGCCUCUGCGACCAGGGCUGGGUGGGGGACCAGUGCCAGCACUGCCAGGGCAGGUUCAAGUUAACAGAGCCCUCUGGAUAUUUAACAGAUGGACCAAUUAACUACAAAUAUAAAACUAAAUGUACAUGGCUAAUUGAAGGCUAUCCAAAUGCUGUCCUAAGAUUAAGAUUCAAUCAUUUUGCUACAGAAUGUAGUUGGGACCACAUGUAUGUUUAUGAUGGAGAUUCAAUAUAUGCACCUUUAAUAGCUGUACUUAGUGGUCUGAUAGUCCCUGAAGUACGGGGAAAUGAAACUGUACCUGAAGUUGUUACGACAUCCGGAUAUGCACUGCUUCACUUUUUUAGUGAUGCUGCCUAUAAUCUAACUGGUUUCAAUAUUUUUUAUUCAAUUAAUUCUUGUCCUAACAAUUGCUCUGGGCAUGGGAAAUGUACAACCAGUGUUUCCAUUCCGAGUCGCGUAUAUUGUGAAUGUGACAAAUAUUGGAAAGGUGAAGCAUGUGAUAUCCCUUACUGUAAAGCUAAUUGUGGCAGUCCAGAUCAUGGGUACUGUGAUCUAACAGGAGAAAAAUUAUGUGUCUGCAAUGAUAGCUGGCAAGGGCCUGAUUGUUCUUUGAAUGUACCUUCCACGGAGUCCUAUUGGAUCCUUCCAAAUGUAAAACCAUUCAGUCCUUCUGUCGGUCGGGCUUCACAUAAGGCAGUUUUAUAUGGAAAAUUUAUGUGGGUGAUUGGUGGAUAUACUUUUAACUACAGUUCUUUUCAAAUGGUCUUAAAUUACAAUUUAGAAAGCAGCAUAUGGAAUGUGGCGCCUCUAUCAAGGGGACCUCUCCAAAGAUAUGGACACUCUCUUGCUUUAUAUCAGGAAAAUAUCUUCAUGUAUGGAGGCAAAAUUGAAACAAAUAAUGGCAAUGUCACAGAUGAAUUGUGGGUUUUCAACAUACAUAGUCAGUCAUGGAGUACAAAAACCCCCACUGUUCUUGGACACGGUCAGCAGUAUGCUGUGGAGGGACACUCAGCACAUAUUAUGGAGCUGGAUAGUAGAGAUGUUGUCAUGAUCAUAAUUUUUGGAUACUCGGCAGUAUAUGGUUAUACAAGCAGCAUACAGGAAUACCAUAUCUUAUCCAAUACCUGGCUUGUUCCAGAAACAAAAGGAGCAAUUGUCCAAGGUGGAUAUGGCCACACAAGUGUGUAUGAUGAAAUGACAAAGUCUAUUUAUGUACAUGGAGGUUAUAAAGCCUUACCAGGCAACAAAUAUGGACUAGUAGAUGACCUUUAUAAAUAUGAAGUUAAUACCAAGAUAUGGACCAUUUUGAAAGAAAGUGGAUUUGCCAGAUAUCUUCAUUCAGCUGUCCUAAUCAAUGGAGCUAUGCUCAUUUUUGGAGGAAACACCCAUAAUGAUACUUCCUUGAGUAAUGGUGCAAAAUGCUUUUCUGCUGAUUUCUUGGCAUAUGACAUAGCUUGUGAUGAAUGGAAAAUUUUACCCAAACCCAAUCUUCAUAGAGAUGUCAACAGAUUCGGGCACUCAGCAGUCGUCGUUAAUGGGUCCAUGUAUAUAUUUGGAGGAUUUUCUAGUGUCCUCCUUAAUGACAUCUUAGUGUAUAAGCCUCCCAAUUGCAAGGCUUUCAGAGAUGAGGAACUCUGUAAAAAUGCUGGUCCAGGGAUAAAAUGUCUUUGGAACAAGAAUCACUGUGAAUCCUGGGAAGCUGGACAUCAUAAUAAUAUUCUGAGAGCAAAAUGCUCCCCCAAAACUGUUGCCACUGAUGACAGAUGUUAUAGAUAUGCAGAUUGUGCCAGCUGUACUGCUAAUACAAAUGGGUGCCAAUGGUGUGAUGACAAAAAGUGCAUUUCAGCCAACAGUAAUUGCAGUAUGUCAGUCAAAAACUUCACCAAAUGUCAUGUCAAAAAUGAACAGAUCUGUAAUAAACUGACCAGCUGUAAAAGUUGUUCAUUAAACCUAAAUUGCCAAUGGGAUCAACGACAGCAAGAAUGCCAGGCUCUACCAGCUCAUCUUUGUGGAGAGGGAUGGAAUCAUAUUGGAGAUGCAUGCCUUCGAAUAAAUUCCAGCAAAGAAAACUAUGAUAAUGCAAAACUUUACUGCUAUAGCCUGAGUGGAAACCUUGCUUCAUUAACAACCUCAAAAGAAGUAGAAUAUGUUUUGGAUGAAAUACAAAAGUACACACAACAGAAAGUAUCUCCUUGGGUAGGACUGCGCAAGAUCAAUAUAUCCUACUGGGGAUGGGAAGACAUGUCUCCUUUCACAAAUACAACUCUACAGUGGCUUCCUGGUGAACCGAAUGACUCUGGAUUCUGUGCAUAUCUAGAAAGGGCUGAGAUAGCAGGCCUGAAAGCUAACCCUUGCACAUCUGUGGCAGAUGGCCUUGUCUGUGAAAAGCCUGUUGUCAGUCCAAACCAAAAUGCAAGGCCAUGUAAAAAGCCAUGUUCCUUAAGGACAACAUGUUCUAACUGCACAAGCAAUGGCAUGGAAUGUAUGUGGUGUAGCAGUACAAAACGAUGUGUUGACUCAAAUGCCUAUAUAAUUUCUUUUCCAUAUGGGCAGUGCCUGGAGUGGCAAACUGCCACUUGUUCCCCCCAGAACUGUUCUGGAUUAAGAACAUGUGGACAGUGUUUAGAACAACCUGGAUGUGGUUGGUGCAAUGAUCCUAGUAACACAGGGAAAGGACAUUGUAUUGAAGGCUCUUCAAGGGGACCCAUGAAACUUGUUGGGAUGCAUACCAGUGAGAUGACCCUUGACACAAAUCUUUGCCCCAAAGAGAAAAAUUAUGAAUGGUCUUUUAUAUAUUGCCCAGCUUGCCAGUGUAAUGGACACAGCACUUGCAUCAAUAAUAAUGUGUGCGAGCAGUGCAAAAAUCUCACUACAGGGAAACAGUGUCAGGACUGUAUGCCAGGAUAUUAUGGAGAUCCUACCAAUGGAGGACAAUGUACAGCUUGUACAUGCAGCGGUCAUGCAAAUAUUUGCCAUAUGCACACAGGAAAAUGUUUCUGUACAACUAAAGGAAUAAAAGGAGAUCAGUGCCAGUUAUGUGAUUCUGAAAAUCGUUAUGUUGGUAACCCACUGAGAGGAACAUGCUACUACAGCCUUUUGAUUGACUACCAGUUUACCUUCAGUUUGUUACAGGAAGAUGAUCGCCAUCAUACAGCCAUAAACUUCAUAGCAAAUCCAGAACAGUCAAACAAAAAUUUGGACAUUUCCAUUAAUGCCUCAAACAACUUUAAUCUCAACAUUACAUGGUCCAUUAGUUCAACAGCUGGAACGAUAUCUGGAGAGGAAAUUCUGCUAAUUUACAGGGUCAAAAUAAAGGAAUUCAGAGACAGUUUUUCCUGUGAAAAAUUUAAUUUCAGAGGCAAUCCUAAUAUUACAUUCUAUGUGUAUGUCAGCAACUUUUCUUGGCCAAUUAAAAUACAGAUUGCAUUCUCACAACACAAUACAAUCAUGGAUCUUGUGCAAUUCUUUGUCACCUUCUUCAGUUGUUUCUUAUCCCUCCUACUGGUAGCUGCUGUUGUCUGGAAGAUCAAACAAACUUGUUGGGCUUCUCGCCGGAGAGAGCAACUACUUCGAGAGCGACAGCAGAUGGCCAGCCGCCCCUUUGCUUCUGUUGACGUAGCUGUGGAAGUCAGAACUGAACAAACAGACUUUCUACGAGGGACAUUAGAGGGUGCACCCAAACCAAUUGCAAUAGAACCAUGUGCAGGGAACAAAGCAGCAGUUCUGACUGUAUUUCUUUGUCUUCCAAGAGGACCAUCAGGUGUCCCACCCCCUGGUCAAUCAGGUCUUGCAAUCGCCAGCGCCCUUAUAGACAUUUCACAGCAGAAGCCGGCCGAUAGUAAAGAUAAAUCUUCGGGAGUCCGAAAUCGCAAACAUCACCUUUCCACACGUCAAGGAACUUGUGUCUGA